UGUGGUGAGCUCGGCAUGUGGGCACACACGUGGAUUCAGCAAAUUCCUCCCAAAUGCUGGCCCUCCCCACCCGGUCACACACCCAGCUGCUCCCCUCCAGAGCAGCUAGAGAGCCAUCCACAUAGCUUCCACACACGGAGAGAAGCUGGAGACCUCCAAGACAGCGUGACCCUGAGACUGGGGACAAGUCUCUGCUGUCACUUCAAGAUGUGUAUGUAUCCUUACCUCCUUUCUUUGCAACAGACACGCUGCAAUUUCCCAGAUGAGUGCUCUGGGGCGGGACAAGAAGUACAGACGGAGAAUGUGACCGUGGCCGAGGGCGGGGUGGCCGAGAUAACCUGCCGUCUGCACCAGUACGAUGGGUCCAUCGUUGUCAUUCAGAACCCAGCCCGGCAGACCCUCUUCUUCAAUGGCACCCGCGCCCUGAAGGAUGAGCGUUUCCAGCUUGAGGAGUUCUCCCCUCGCAGGGUGCGGAUCCGGCUCUCAGACGCCCGCCUGGAAGACGAGGGAGGCUACUUCUGCCAGCUCUACACGGAGGACACCCACCACCAGAUUGCCACGCUCACCGUACUGGUGGCCCCGGAGAAUCCCGUGGUGGAAGUCCGGGAGCAGGCGGUGGAGGGCGGCGAGGUGGAGCUCAGCUGCCUGGUCCCGCGGUCCCGCCCGGUUGCCGUUCUGCGCUGGUACCGCGACCGCAAAGAGCUGAAAGGUGUGAGCAGCAGCAGGGAAAAUGGCAAGGUAUGGAGCGUGGCGAGCACAGUGAGGUUCCGCGUGGACCGCAAGGACGACGGCGAUAUCGUCAUCUGCGAGGCGCAGAACCAGGCGCUGCCCUCGGGGCACAUCAAGCAGACGCAGUACGUGCUGGACGUGCAGUACUCCCCCACGGCCCGGAUCCAUGCCUCGCAGGCUGUGGUGAGGGAGGGAGACACGCUGGUGCUGACGUGUGCCGUCACGGGGAACCCCAGGCCAAAUCAGAUCCGCUGGAGCCGCGGGAAUGAGUCUUUGCCGGAGCGGGCCGAGGCGUUCGGGGAGACGCUUACGCUGCCUGGCCUGGUAUCAGCAGAUAAUGGCACCUACACUUGCGAGGCGUCGAACAAGCACGGCCACGCGAGGGCGCUCUAUGUGCUCGUGGUCUACGACCCCGGUGCGGUGGUGGAGGCUCAGACGUCCGUGCCCUACGCCAUUGUGGGCGGCAUCCUGGCGCUACUGGUGUUUCUGAUCAUAUGUGUGCUGGUGGGCAUGGUCUGGUGCUCGGUACGGCAGAAGGGCUCCUAUCUGACCCACGAGGCCAGUGGUUUGGAUGAGCAGGGAGAAGCGAGAGAAGCCUUCCUCAAUGGCAGUGACGGACACAAGAGGAAAGAAGAAUUCUUCAUCUGACCCCGUCUCUACCCCAGGCCUGGGCCUGGGCGAGGGUCCACCCCACUGCCAGCUGCAAAGACAUUUACCAGAGUCUGGGAUGGUGGGCAUCUCUCCCCACCACUAACACCUCAGACGUUUGGGCAGGGAUGGGGGUGUCAUAUGCCUAGGUCUCUUUGAGGGCCAGAAGCAAGGUCCCAGAGGUCUGGGGUCCCCCAGGGGGUAGGGGCCAAAGGUCCAGAUCCCCCAAGUCCAGGGAGGGCGGUAGGGAUUGGGUUGGGGGAAGAUAACAGGGGGAAGGCCAGGGCCCCUAAGCUGCAGAACCAGGUCAUGUGGGGAGGGGAUCAGAUUCUGGGAAGGGUGGGGUGGGCAGGGAAGGGAAACGCAGAUUUCUUUGGGGGUCCAAGACCUCAUGCCAGCCAUUGUAGGAGCUCCAUAGAGCUCUGGGCACCUCUUUGCAAAGCCAUGUUUGCACGGUGGGGGUAAGGGUGGGGGGGAGGGUGUGGAAACAGGGAUUCUGUGUCUUUGUGUCAUAACUUUGAUGGAGGAGGUGAGGGAGACAGCCCCAGCCCUUUUCUCCAAUCCCCCUUCCCCAGGUUCCAGCUUCCCUUCCCUCUACCUUCUCCCCCCACAUCUGUCCUAUCUAUAUUUGUCUCUCUGUCCACCCACUCCUGGGGGGGCCUUCCCCAGCUCUCCUCCAGGCCCUCCCCCCCCCAGGGAGGGGGAAAGGAGUUUAGGGAGGGUGUUGGUCUCUAUGGUUUUAUAUAUAAUAUAUUAAAAAAAUAAAAAAUCUGUAUGAAAAUAUCAGAUUAUGCCCUCCUCCCCCAUUCCUGGCUUUUGCCCCCUUUUUCUUGUUAAAAAAACAAAACAAAACACCACAACACAACAUUUUGUACGGGGCAGGGAGGGGAAUGGGAAGGGGGUGUGGCAGUCCCACUAACCACCAUUAAACUGAGGAGAGAACA